UGCCAGCCCAGCCCGGGUCCUGCUCUCACCCCCAAUCUCCGCAGGAUGCGGCGGCGGGAUCCGGGCAGCGCCCCCAGCCUGGGCGACCGCGUCCCCUAUGUCAUCGUGAGCGCGGCCAAGGGGGUGGCGGCCUACAUGAAAUCGGAGGACCCCAUCUACGUGCUGGAGAACAACAUGCCGAUCGACACCCAGUACUACCUGGAGCAGCAGCUGGCCAAGCCCCUGCUCCGCGUCUUCGAGCCCAUCCUGGGCGAGGGCCGGGCCGAGAGCGUCCUGCUGAGAGGGGAGCACACGCGCUGCAAAACCGUCCUCACCUCCCGAGUCGGGGGCCUCAUGGCCUUUGCCACCAAACGCAGCACCUGCCUGGGCUGCCGGGCCGGCCUGCCCCACCACGGCGCGGUGUGUAAGUUCUGCGUGGGGCACCAAUCAGAGCUGUACCAGAAGGAGAUCUCUCAUCUCUCGGCACUGGAGGAGAAGUUCUCUCGUCUCUGGACCCAGUGUCAGCGCUGUCAGGGCAGCCUGCACGAGGACGUCCUGUGCACCAGCCGGGACUGCCCCAUCUUCUACAUGCGCAAGAAGGUGCAGAAAGACCUGGACGACCAGGAGCGGCUGGUGGCCCGAUUCGGGCCCCCCACGUGGUGACCGGGGCCCCCCCGCUGGCAGGGGGGCAGGACACGGGGGGGUCAGCCCCUCCCUCGCCAAGGGAGGGGGGGGCUGGGGGGGCCAUCGGGAACUUUGUAAUUUUCUAUUUUCUACCUGGAAUAAAGACUCUUAUUUUCAA